AUGUUAGUAACAGUAUAUAAUAUAAUUCAAAAAAUGUAUAUCAUGAAACAAAACUUUAAGUCAAUCUUAUUUAUUCAAAAUUUUGCGUUCAUUCUUUUAACGUGGAUAUGCCUUCUUAACAAUGAUAUCGGGAUGUUUAGCGGACGUACGAAUGAGAAAUACCAAUUUCGCAGAAAAAUAGAUACGAUAUAUUAUCGAUUACUAGCAAAACAUAAACAGGAUAAUAAUUUAAUUAUUACAGGGUUAAAAGUAGAUACAUCAGAUAAUGAAGUUCAUAAAAGAAAAGAUAUAUCUUAUAAUGAAAAUGAGAAAACAGAACAAAAAAAUUUAUUAAGUAGAUGUUCAUCAAAAAAUGAGGCUGUUAAUAAAAAUGCUAUGAAAAAUAAAUCUUGUAUAUUUGAAACCAAAAAAUAUUCUAAUAUGGAAAAAAAAAUAUUCAAAGAACUUGAUUACGAGAAUUUUCUUAAAAAUAAUAAGACUAUUAGUGAUAAGCUCUACAAAAAAAUAAUGUUUAAAAAAUACGGAUUACGGCUCUGUCUACCAUUAUUAUUGUUUUCGUUAUUAUUAACAUCACUUUUAUUAGAUUUAUUUGUAGGUUGUGGUAUUAUAAAUUGUUUGCGCAUGUUACUACACACAAUUAAUACUGAUUGUUUAUGGAAUUCGUUAAACACAAAAUUAAAUACUAUUUUAAAUGAGAAUUGGGCGAAAACAAUAAAACCGUUUUUUACUGUUAAAAAAUUAGAAGGUGGAGAACUUAAAGACAAGGUCUAUGGAGCAUUUGGUUUAUUUGGUUAUAUAAUAUAUUUCAUACCUUUUAUUAUAAUGGGUGUCACAAUUAUAUCACGGAUUAUUUAUUAUCAUAAAAGUGUUAAAAAAUAUGAAAAAAUUAAGUUUAGGAAAAGGUAA